CAGGUUUUCUGUACUGCAGGUCUGAACAACUGAAAAAGGAGCUGGCAACUCUGAAGGAUAAGAACCACAACUUAGAUGACAUGCUCAAAAGUCAACAAAGGAAAGUCAGGAACAUGAUCGAACAGGUGCAAAAUUCACGAACCAUAAUGGAGCAAAGAGACCGGCUGAUCGGAGACCUCAAAGAGAGGGUGGCUUUCCUCGAAGCUGAGAACAGAGAGAUCCAUGACCGGAUGGAGUUUUAUUUGGGCAACCAAGUGUCUAAACCAUAUAACUCAGACAUGGGGUCCAAGGUUGUCUACAGCAAACCUCUGAUGCCCACAAGCCCUGGAAACAAGUCUAUGCCAUUCAUUAAAGUGGUCGAGAUCAAGUCCUGAGCAACAGAUGAAGACAGCUGAUGAAGAGAGAGAGUGGUUGAGUGAGAGACACAUUGUAAAAGAAGUAACAAGUAUUCCUUCUCUCUCAACGUUUAUGCAACAUCCCUCUGUUUAUCACGAGUAGCACUUGAGGUGCUUUGUAUAAUAUAAAUACAUAAAUAUAAAUAUAAUUGAUUUGUAGAUCAUAUACUGCGUUUUUAUACCUUAAGCAACUUUAUUAAUAUUAGUAGAUGUAAGUGGUGAUAUUCAUAUUUCCUACAGAUCUGUCAAUAUCUGUUUCAUGUAUAGAAUCUAAUAAUGCAGCCAUUGUAUAAAUAUUGUGACUGACAGCCAAUUUUAGUAAUCUGAUAAAGCCAAUUAAUGUAUAUUCUAUAUAUCUUAAAAUCCAUAACAAACAAUAUUUCUGUGCUUCUUAUGUAUCUGUGUAUGUACAUAUACUCUGAUAUACAGUUCUGAAUUUACUGUACCUUGCAAAGCUGUCUUUUCCCUUUGGUAACUGUAAUUGUAUUGUGUUUUGAAGAACUUUUUUUUUUCCUGUUACUGUAUAUUCAGUGCUUAACUCUACCUUUCCAUCCAUCUCUUAUUAAAUGUGAAAAAUGUGUUACUGUAGAUGGAAUUGUAGUGCUAUGCACAUUUCUCUGGUAUUGUAUUUUACCUGGUAUAUGUAUUUAUCGUAAGGGCUAAACAAUAAAAAGUAUUUAAGAUUGCUCACA